ACCGCGACCCUCACGUCCUCGCGCAAUUCUCCACACUGGGUUGGCAGCUUUGAGGCAAGAGGAUGCGAGCGCGGAUUUAGUUCCAGUGUCUUUUCCCGUCUGGAGCAGAUUAUUACCUUUCUCCUGCACGCAGGAACGGAUUUAGCAACACGAGCACAAGAUUUGCGGUCAGAGAUAUAAACGUGGAACGUGAUGCAGAAGCCCCCCUCUCAGAAAGGCAGCCAGAGGGGAACAAUGUCAGUUUCGGCUCACAAUCAAUGAACUCAACUCUCUUGAGUGGGGAAGGAAGUAAUCUCAACAGUUUAAGUGAGGAAUAUUGCAAGGAAGACACUUUUAUUAAAAAAACAUGGCAGCGACAGCAUCGGCCAGUCCCAUGGAAGGGGAUGGGUGUGAGAACGUGGCGGAGGUGCAGGCCGCAGUCCUGGAGUCCGCCACAGGCCCGGCGGAAGAGGAGCAGACUGCUGGCGAGGCGAUGCCAGCCUCAGAUCAGCACCCAACCGAUGGAAAAUCUAAACCAGCUUCUGAGAAAAUCUGGGGAUCUUUCCUGAAAAACAGCGGACUGGGGAAGGUUAUGGGAGGGAGGAAGAAGAAGGAGCAGGUGGCUGGGGGUGUGGAUGCGAGUGUGGAGGGUGUGGAGCAGGAGAAGACCACGACUAAUCAAGAGGAGGGAGCCUCAACUCCCUUGAGCCCCAAUGAGCAGGGUUCUGGACAGGCACCUAAUAUGGAAGGUGCUGGGUCUCAGGAAAAGUGCAUAGAGAAGGAAUUAGAUGGUGAGGAGGCCGCACAAGAACAAAAGCCGUCAAGCUCAAGCAAGGAUGCCAAGCCAAAGCAGGGGGAGAAAUCCAGUGUGCGCGACUUCAUCCGCAAGCCUGUCGCCAAGAUUUUCUCUCACAGAAGCACAGAGAAAAAAGACUGUGGUGCUGAGGCUCCUAAACAUGGGAAGACCCGAUCCAAAUCUCUAGACAGACUGGAGGACCCUGAGGCUUGUGCGUCUGCACUAGACCAAACAGAUGAUUCUCAAGUGGGAGGAGAGCCACACAAAUCUGCUCAUCACUCUGCCAGACACAUGAAACGCUGGCAUUCCUUCAAAAAGCUGAUGGCCCAAAAGAGUCUAAAGAAAAGCACAGAGGAUCAUAAGGAUGUGGAGGGCGCAGAGGGUGCAGAGGGCCCCAGCAGCGAUACACAAUUAGAGUCUGAAACUUUGGAUUCAGCUGGGAAGUUGGACCACACAGGACAGAGAAGGUGGAAACUGAAGCGUUCAUGGACAUUCCAGGGGCUGAAGAGGGACCCCUCUGUUGUUGGCAUCCACAAGCCAAAGGGCUCAGAGAAAGACUCAUUAGAUAAUCCUAAGGGAGAAGACACCCAUGCUAAUGAUGACCAGGGGGCUGUGGCAUCCUCUGAGGAGACCAAGUCAACAGGAGAGGCGGAAAUGCAGGAGAAAGGCAGCCAGGAGCGGGAGGAGGAGAAAGGCCUGGCGGCACAGCGUACAAAGUCAGUCGACCACCAUGCCAAUGAGAUCUGGACCACCUUCAAGAAACGCGUGAUCCCCAAGUCAAAGCGGGCAUCAGAUGGUGGCGGUGGGACUGGGGGCGGCGGCGAGGAAGAGGGGGCAGGAGAACACGAGCAGGCAGAGGACCAGUCAGGGCGAGAGCAUGGCAAGUCCUCCAAGUCAAAAAGGACUCACUUUAACCGCGCUGUGUCGUUGAAGAACUUCAUCAUGCGCAAGGGCAAGAGCACCAGUGUGGACCUGGGGGAAGCUCCUGCUGGACAGAAAGAAGAAGGUGCAGAGAGCACCGGUGAUACCUCUGCCAGUGCACCUGUCACUGAGAAUAUCAAAGAGGGAGAGAGUCCUGCUGAUCAGGCUGUUGCAAGCGAACCCGAGGCUCCAGCAGCUAUACAAAAUGGGGGUGAUGAGAAGACAGAGGCUGUAGACACCAACAGACAAACAUCUACAGGGCAGGAGUCAGAGAAAGGUCACCCAGAUACAAAGGAGGAAGCUCAAGCAGAGCCUGCAUUGGAGGCCGCUUGUGGAGAAACAAAGGGUCACAAGGAGAACGGAUCCUCGGGUGCCGGGUGUGAUAGAAAAGGCUCUGCAAUGGAGGGUGAAGAUGAGAAUCAUAAGGACAUUAUGGCUCAUGACCAUGAAAUAAUUCCCCAAGAAGAUGGACCCCAGGAAAUAGCCACACAAGAGGACAUCAACUCCCAGGAGGCAGUGCACCAGAUCGAGAAUGCUUGCUGCAGUGGUUCAAAGGAUGAGGCGAGCCUGAAUCAGGAGCAAUGUUCUGAUGGGAAAACCUGUUCUGGCAACCCAGUUCCCCAAAGCGAAAAAAUGGCGGGAAAGGUGAAGCCACACAAGGAGCAUUAGAUCUGCAUGGGAUUCAGCGAGGAGCUUUUCCCCCAAAAACGGAAUUAUCACGUUUACGUCCUGAUUCGUUGUGGUGAGAGUGAUGCAAUAUGUAUAAUUAAAAAUUCCAAGUCUCAAAAAGCAAUAAUUCAAAGAUCAGAGCAGUUCUUUCUAUCAUUCCAUUGUAAAUGUUUACUUGUCCUCUAGUGAGAUUUUAUAUUGUCAGAAAAAGACAUUUCAUUCCUUUCCCAUCAAAUGUUUAUUUCAAUGAUCCGGUAUUCUGGGAUCAAAAGACUGUUAGUUUUUUAACAAAUGCCCUUUUGUUUGAUUGUAGUUUUGCUUCACUAGACAUUACAAAUGUGGAACAUGAACCCAUCUGAAAUAAUCUUCCUCUAAGCCAUCCCAUUUGUGGUUCAUUGAGGAAUGUGUUCCAAUCUCUGUGUUAAUGUUUUUAGACUGUUAUCUUGUGUACAUGAAUAAACCCUUGAAAAUGUGAA